AUGUCCAAGGCAAGUUCACAUAUCCGCAAGAGCGCGCUGGCCGCGACUCUUUUCAGCGAAGAGACCUUUCCGCCAACGCCUAUGAUUGGUAGCCUACCAUCGCAGCAGCAGAAAGUCCCAGUCGUCCGUGGGGCGGUGUACUGCAGCAUCGACUUUCCAUGGCGGGCAGCAGAGUGGUUCCGUCAGGAGUGGACCAGACAAGGACGGUGGUCAGCCGGCGAUGCACCGAGGACAGCGACGAUUUCUACGGUAUGCUUGGCAAAACGGCUGACGACAGUGACGACGCCAAUGGUACCGGCACCAAGACGAAUACAACCAGCGCGAGCAGCCAAGAGAAGGAUCAAGCGCAAGCGGGUAGAAGAGGAGGAAGAGAAAGAGGAAGAAGGAGGUGCAGAGGUGAGUACAAAGCCAGAUGUGAAAAAGGCCAAGACGACCAGAUGGACCGUUUUCGAGACGAGCGACAGCGACAUGGAUAAUGGCUACUUGCUUAUAUGGACCGAGAGCGGGCACGAGUACGGCAACGACGGCAACAGAGCGGUAGAGCUGUUCCGGCGACGUCUGGUGGCACUGUUGGCAGAAAAGCAGAAGAUGCUUCGGCUGCGGAGAGGCACGACGCCAUCGUGGAAUUGUCCGUUGGCGGCGAGACCGCUGGGAUGUACCGAGAUGGCGUACUGCAUGCAUGGCGUGAGACGGGGUGCAUCAGAUCGAGGCGAUAUUCUCGCCGACGACUACAUGCCGGUGAUGGAAGCCCAGAUGGAUCUGUGCUUGUCACCGGUGCCGUGGCCAGUGAGCGAGCCCAAGAGCAGCUACGACGACGCCGUGAAAGAAAACACGUCGCAUCUGGACGAGCGCACGGUCGAGAUCUGUGGGCUACGCUUUGCCGUAGACACAUGCCAUGGAGGCCUGCGGGUGAUGAUGACGUAG